AUGACUGCGUGGCUGAUCUCUCUGAUGGGUGUUCAAGCACUACUUUUGGCAGUACCUCACCUGAGUUUACAUAUUGAACCUGAAGAAGGUAGCCUUGCAGGGGGAACGUGGAUUACAGUCAUUUUUGAUGGUUUGGAGUCGGGUGUUCUUUACCCCAACAAUGGCUCUCAAUUGGAAAUACACCUGGUGAACACGAACAUGGUGGCGCCCGCACUGCCGAGUAUCCCCUGUGACGUCUUUCCUGUUUUCUUGGAUUUGCCUGUGGUGACGUGCCGGACCAGAUCUCUGCUGUCUGAAGCACACGAGGGUCUGUACUCCCUGGAAGCAUACUUCAGGGAACAGUUGGUAAGCAGCCCAAGUCCAGGAUCACGAGACAGCUGUACUUUCAAGUUUUCCAAGGCGCAGACACCCAUCGUUCACCAAGUUUAUCCGCCAAGUGGAGUUCCAGGAAAACUAAUACAUGUAUAUGGCUGGAUUAUGACCGGAAGAUUGGAAACUUUUGAUUUUGAUGCUGAGUACAUUGAUAGCCCAGUGAUCUUGGAAGCUCAAGGAGACAAAUGGGUUACUCCUUGCUCUCUUGUAAAUAGGCAGACGGGAAGCUGUUAUCCUAUCCAGGAGGACCAUGGUCUUGGGACUCUGCAGUGCCAUGUGGAAGGCGAUUACAUCGGCUCCCAGAAUGUUAGCUUCUCAGUAUUUAAUAAAGGAAAGUCAAUGGUCCACAAGAAGGCAUGGCUGAUCAGUGCUAAACAGGACCUUUUCCUAUACCAGACACACUCAGAAAUAUUAUCUGUGUUUCCAGAAACUGGGAGCCUUGGGGGAAGAACGGACAUCACAAUUACAGGAGACUUCUUUGACAAUUCUGCCCAGGUUACCAUUGCAGGCAUUCCAUGUGAUAUUAGACACGUGUCUCCCAGGAAGAUUGAGUGCACCACUCGGGCUCCAGGUAAAGAUGCGAGGCUCACCACCCCUCAGCCAGGCAAUCGAGGGCUUCUUUUUGAAGUUGGAGAUGCUGUUGAGGGAUUGGAACUGACUGAAGCCACCCCAGGGUACAGGUGGCAGAUUGUCCCUAAUGCCAGUUCUCCAUUUGGGUUUUGGUCAAAGGAAAGACAACCUUUCAGAGCACGGCUCAGUGGGUUCUUUGUGGCUCCAGAGACAAAUAAUUACACUUUCUGGAUUCAGGCAGACAGCCAAGCUUCCUUGCAUUUCAGUUGGUCAGAGGAACCAAGGACCAAGGUGAAAGUGGCCUCCAUCAGCGUUGGCACUGCUGACUGGUUUGACUCCUGGGAGCAGAAUAGAGAUGAAGGGACCUGGCAGCAAAAGACUCCCAAGUUGGAGCUGUUGGGUGGAGCCAAGUACUACCUGGAAGCAGAGCAUCAUGGGAUAGCCCCAAGCAGGGGAAUGAGGAUUGGAGUCCAGAUUCACAACACCUGGCUGAAUCCUGAUGUGGUCACUACUUACCUCCGAGAGAAGCACCAGAUCCGAGCCCGAGCCCAGAGACUUCCAGAAGUACAGGUGCUGAAUGUGUCAGGCAGAGGAAACUUCUUCCUUACUUGGGACAAUGUCUCUAGUCAGCCAAUCCCUGCAAAUGCCACAGCCCAUCUGAUUCAAACAACCAUUGAGGAGUUACUUGCAGUAAAAUGCAAACUGGAACCCCUUUGGGCUAACAUCCUUCUCCGGCUUGGAUUUGAAGGAGGUGCUGUCCCUGGCUUCACACAUUCUGACUGUCUUUUUCAUCAUGGUCUUUUUUCUUUCUAUAAAAUGAGAACAAUCCCCAUUUCCUCUCCAAGCUGGCAGUUCCGUUGCACUGACCUCUGGGAGACUUGUGUGCGUUGCUCCGGGGAUCUCCAGCCCCCUCCGGCAAACUCCCCAGUGCUGGUUCAUCAGAUUGACCUUGUCCCUCUGGUGCAGGAGACGGGCCUGUUCUAUGUGGAUGAAAUUAUUAUUGCAGACACAAACGUAACAGUUUCUCAAGCUGAUUCUGGAACGGCUCGCCCAGGGGGGAAUCUGGUGGAAUCAGUGUCUGUGGUGGGAUCCCCUCCAGUCUACAGUGUCACCUCUUGGCUGGCGGGGUGUGGCACGGAGCUCCCGCUCAUCACUGCACGCUCUGUGCCCACUGAAGGAACAGAAGAGGGAUCUGGACUGGUCCUGGCGACCACACAGAGACAACAGCGGCCAAGUCCACCUCUAGGAGGACACUUUCGCAUCCAGCUUCCUAAUACAGUGAUUUCUGAAGUCCCUGUACAAAUUUCUGCUCAUCACCUUCACCAGCUCUUACAGAAUAAUGCUGAUGACUUCACAUCCAGGUACCUUAAUGCCAGUGACUUCUCUGUGAAGGAGGAUCUAUACACUUGCUACGAACGCGUGUGGACCUUGUCCUGGUCCACUCAGAUUGGGGAUUUGCCCAAUUUUAUCAGGGUCUCUGAUGAAAACCUUACUGGAGUGAAUCCUGCUGCAGCCAUGCGUGUGGUAUAUGAUGGUGGAGUUUUUCUUGGACCCAUAUUUGGAGACAUGUUGGCUACUGCCAACCAGCAUAGUCAGGUGGUUGUGCGAGUGAAUGACGUACCAGCUCAUUGCCCAGGUUCCUGCUCUUUCCAGUACCUCCAAGGGUCAACUCCCUGUGUCCAUUCUGUGUGGUACUCUGUUGAUGGCGACGUCAACCUAAUGAUUUAUAUUACCGGAACUGGUUUCUCUGGUGACUCCCAGUUCUUGCAGGUUACAGUGAAUAAAAUGAAUUGCAAAGUUAGUUUCUCAAACCAGACCAAUGUAGUCUGUCAGACAGAUUUGCUGCCUGUUGGAGUGCAUCGGAUCUUGAUGUUGGUGAGGCCCUCUGGUCUUGCCAUCAGUGCCACUGGAGAAGACCUCUUCCUAAAUGUGGAACCUAGACUGGAUACGGUGGAGCCUUCCACAGCUGCGGAUAUUGGAGGGCUCUGGGCCACCAUCAGAGGCUCUAGUUUGGAAGGUGUUAGCCUGGUAUUAUUUGGAUCUUACUCUUGUGCUAUAAAUGUCACUACAAGCAAUUCAAGCAGAAUUCAGUGCAAAGUUCCACCCAGGGGGAAAGAUGGACACGUUGUGAAUGUGACUGUGAUCAGAGGGAACCAUUCUGCAGUUCUUCCCAGAGCAUUUACAUAUGUCUCUUCCUUAAAUCCAGUUAUUGUGACUCUAAGCAGAAACACAAGCAACAUAGCAGGCGGUGAGACCCUGGUCAUUGGAGUGGCGAGGCUGGUGAACUAUACGGAUUUGGAUGUGGAAGUCCACAUCCAGGAUGCCUUGGCUCUGGUUCACACACAGUCAGCAUGGGGCCUGGAGGUGGCACUGCCUGCACUGCCAGCUGGCCUCCACAGAAUUUCUGUCUCUAUCAAUGGGAUCAGCAUUCACUCACAAGGGGUUGAUCUCCACAUCCAGUACCUCACAGAAGUUUUCAGCAUCGAGCCUUGCUGUGGGUCCCUGCUGGGAGGGACCAUCCUCAGCAUCUCAGGAAUAGGCUUCAGCAGGGACCCAGCUUUGGUUUGGGUACUUGUGGGCAAUCGGUCCUGUGACAUUGUGAACUUAACGGAGGCGAGCAUCUGGUGUGAGACCCUGCCGGCCCCCCAGAUACCCGAUGCAGGCGCUCCCACUGUCCCAGCUGCCGUGGAGGUCUGGGCUGGCAACAGGUCCUUCGCCCAUGGUCCUUCACCAAGCUUGGUGGGGAAUGGCUUCACUUUCAUGUAUGAAGCAGCAGCAACACCAGUAGUCACUGCCAUGCAAGGCGAAAUCACAAACAGCAGCCUGAGCCUGCGUGUGGGAGGAAGUAACCUUUCCAACUCAGUCAUCCUUCUGGGGAACCUGAACUGUGAUGCUGAGACACAGUCCUUCCAGGGUAACUCAAGCCUGUCUGGAUGCUCCGUCCCUCUUCACAGUCUGGAGGCCGGCAUCUAUCCUCUGCAAGUACGUCAGAAGCAGAUGGGAUUUGCUAACAUGUCUGCGGUGCCCCAGCAAUUUGCAGUGACGCCUCGGAUAAUGGCCAUCUUCCCAUCGCAGGGCUCGGCGUGUGGUGGGACCAUACUCACUGUGAGGGGGUUGCUUCUUAACUCUAGAACGAGAUCGGUUCGGGUUGACCUCUCGGGUCCUUUUACUUGUGAGAUUUUGAGUUUGGGAGACCACACCAUUCUCUGCCAGGUUAGCCUGGAGGGUGACCCCUUGCCUGGAGCUUCCUUCUCCCUGAACGUCACGGUCCUGGUCAAUGGGAUAACCAGCGAGUGUCACGGGAAUUGCACUCUCUUCAUACGGGAAGAGGCAAGUCCUGUCAUGGACACCUUGUCCACAAACACCAGUGGGUCUCUGACCACUGUGCUGAUUAGGGGUGAGAGGUUAGGCACCACAGCUGAUGAGCCGAUGGUGUUUGUGGAUGAUCAACUUCUUUGCAAUGUAACUUUUUUUAAUGCAAGCCACGUUGUGUGCCAGACAAGAGACUUGGCCCCAGGACCCCACUACCUGUCAGUUUUUUAUACAAGAAAUGGGUAUGCUUGUUCUGGUAAUGUUUCCAGACACUUCUACAUUAUGCCCCAAGUGUUUCAUUAUUUUCCUAAGAAUUUCAGCAUACAUGGUGGAAGCCUCUUGACCAUAGAGGGCACAGGCCUGAGAGGACAGAACACCACGUCAGUCUACAUUGACCAGCAGGCCUGCCUGAUGGUGAAUAUCGGUGCUGAGCUCAUCCGCUGCAUUGUACCCACAGGGAAUGGCUCUGCUGCCCUGGAAAUAGAGGUAGAUGGACCUCGGUAUCACAUAGGAGUCAUUGGUUAUAGCAAUGCCUUUACCCCAGAAUUGAUCUCUAUUUCUCAGAGCGAUGGCAUCUUAACCUUUGCAGUGGCCCAGAUCUCAGGAGCUGCAAACAUUGACAUUUUUAUAGGAAUGUCACCCUGCGUGGGUGUCUCUGGUAACCAUACCGUUCUUCAGUGCGUGGUCCCUUCCCUUCCGGCCGGGGAGUACCAUGUCAGAGGCUAUGACUGCAUCAGAGGGUGGGCCUCAUCUGUCCUGGUGUUCACCUCAAGAGUUAUUAUUACAGCAGUGAAGGAGAACUUUGGCUGCCUGGGUGGAAGGCUGGUGCAUGUGUUUGGAGCAGGAUUUUCUCCAGGGAAUGUCUCAGCUGCUGUGUGUGGUGCUCCCUGCCGAGUCCUGGCUAAUGCUACAGUGUCUGCCUUCAGCUGCUUGGUUCUGCCCCUGGAUGUGUCCUUGGCUUUCCUGUGUGGCCUGAAGCAUGAGGAAGACAGCUGUGAGGCUGCCAGACACACCUAUGUGCAGUGUGAUUUGACAGUUGCCGUGGGGACAGAGCGAAUGCUCGAAUCGUGGCCUUACCUCUACAUUUGUGAGGAAAGUUCCCAAUGCCUCUUUGUGCCAGAUCAUUGGGCUGAGUCAAUGUUUCCAUCGUUCUCGGGCCUCUUUGUCAGCCCUAAAGUGGAAAGAGAUGAAGUUCUCAUCUAUAAUAGCUCCUGUAACAUUACCAUGGAAACUGAGGCAGAGAUGGAGUGUGAGACGCCCAAUCAGCCAAUUACCGUCAAGAUUACUGAGAUACGGAAACGCUGGGGCCAGAACACUCAGGGCAACUUUUCUUUACAGUUCUGCCGGAGAUGGUCCAGGACUCACAGCUGGUUUCCUGAAAGGCUGCCACAAGAUGGCGACAAUGUCACAGUGGAGAAUGGCCAAUCACUUCUGCUGGACACUAACACAAGCGUCCUCAACUUACUGCUCAUUAAAGGGGGCAAGCUGAUUUUCAUGGCCCCAGGACCCAUCGAGCUCAGGGCGCAUGCCAUCCUUGUUUCUGAUGGUGGAGAGCUCCGGAUUGGAUCUGAAGACAAGCCCUUCCAAGGCAGAGCUCAGAUCACACUCUAUGGGAGUUCCCACUCAACUCCCUUCUUUCCCUAUGGAGUCAAGUUCCUGGCUGUGAGGAAUGGAACUCUUUCUCUGCACGGUUCACUACCAGAAGUUAUUGUCACCCGUCUUCGAGCAACUGCCCAUGCCCGAGACACAGUGUUGGCUUUAGAAGAUGCUGUGGACUGGCACCCUGGGGAUGAAGUUGUCAUAAUCAGUGGAACAGGUGUUGAAGGUGCCAAACCGAUGGAAGAGAUUGUCACUGUGGAAACUGUGCAGGAUACAGACGUCUAUCUUAAGUCACCUUUGAGAUAUUCUCACAACUUUACAGAGAAUUGGGUGGCUGGAGAGCACCAUAUUUUAAAGGCCACUGUGGCUCUGCUCAGCAGGAGUAUUACCAUACAAGGAAAUCUCACUAAUGAGAGGGAGAAGCUGCUUCUUUCAUGCCAGGAGGCCAAUGCUCCAGAAGGUAAUCUGCAGCACUGUUUGUAUUCCAUGAGCGAGAAGAUGCUGGGAUCCAGGGAUAUGGGAGCCAGAGUGAUCAUUCAGUCCUUCCCAGAAGAGCCCAGCCAGGUCCAGUUGAAGGGAGUGCAGUUUCAAGUCUUGGGGCAAGCCUUCCAUAAGCAUCUGAGCUCACUCACUCUGGUGGGAGCUAUGAGAGAGUCUUUCAUACAGGGCUGCACAGUGAGGAGCUCCUUCAGUAGAGGCCUCAGCAUGUGCGGGACCUUGGGCCUAAAGGUGGACAGUAAUGUAUUCUACAAUAUUUUAGGUCAUGCACUGCUAGUUGGGACAUGCAUGGAAAUGAGAUAUAUCUCUUGGGAGGCAAUUCAUGGAAGGAAAUAUGACUGGUCAGGACAUGGAAAUAUAAUAAGAAACAACGUGAUCAUCCAGGUUUCUGGUGCCGAGGGACUCUCCAAUCCUGAAAUGUUGACACCAUCUGGCAUCUAUAUCCGCAGCCCCACCAAUGUUAUAGAGGGGAACAGAGUGUGGGGUGCUGGCUAUGGCUACUUUUUCCAUCUCGUGACCAACCAAACAUCACAAGCUCCACUUCUUUCCUUCACUCAGAACAUUGCACAUUCUUGUACCAGGUAUGGUCUCUUUGUAUACCCUAAAUUUCAGCCACCUUGGGAUAAUGUCACUGGCAUCACCCUGUUCCAGAGCUUCACAGUUUGGGAAAGUGCAGGUGGUGCCCAGAUUUUUAGAAGUAGCAAUCUUCGCCUGAAAAACUUCCAAGUUUAUUCGUGCAGAGAUUUUGGAAUUGACAUCUUGGAAAGUGAUGCAAAUACUUCAGUUACUGACAGCUUAUUACUUGGUCAUUUUGCCCACAAGGGAAGUCUGUGUAUGUCAUCUGGGAUUAAAACUCCUAAAAGAUGGGAACUGAUGGUGUCUAACACAACCUUUGUUAAUUUUGAUCUCAUCAACUGUGUGGCCAUUAGAACCUGUUCAGACUGUUUCCAAGGACAAGGUGGAUUUACUGUGAAGACCAGCCAGUUGAAGUUUAUAAACUCUUCAAACUUAGUGGCAUUUCCAUUUCCUCAUGCAGCAAUUUUGGAAGACUUGGAUGGAUCUCUGUCUGGGAAAAACAGAAGUCACAUUCUUGCUUCUAUGGAAACCCUUUCAGCUUCUUGUUUGGUCAAUGCAAGCUUUGGUCGGGUUGUCCAUGGCAGUGCCUGUGGAGGAGGUGUUCUUUUUCAUCGUAUGUCGAUUGGUUUAGCUAAUGCUCCUGAAGUUUCUUAUGAUUUAACCAUGACUGACAGCAGAAAUAAAACAACCACUGUCAAUUAUGUACGUGAUACACUGUCUAACCCUCAUGGCUGGAUGGCUCUGCUCUUGGACCAAGAGACCUACUCAUUGCGAUCUGAGAACCUUUGGAUCAACAGAUCUCUGCAGUACUCAGCAACCUUUGACAACUUUGCUCCUGGUAAUUACCUACUGCUGGUGCACACAGAUUUGCCGCCUUACCCUGACAUCCUCCUAAGAUGUGGGAGUCGAGUGGGUCUGUCUUUUCCGUUUCUUCCAUCACCAGGCCAGAACCAAGGCUGUGACUGGUUCUUCAAUAGUCAGUUGAGGCAACUCACCUACCUGGUUUCAGGUGAAGGCCGAGUUCGAGUCAUUCUCUGGGUGAAGGAAGGUAUGCCCCCAACUAUUUCAGCUUCUACCUCUGCACCUGAAUCAGCUUUAAAAUGGUCCCUCCCUGAAACAUGGCAAGGUGUUGAAGAAGGCUGGGGAGGAUACAACAAUUCCCUUCCAGGCCCUGGGGAUGACGUUCUCAUUUUACCCAACAGAACUGUCCUCGUGGAUACAGAUCUUCCAUUCUUCAAAGGGCUGUAUGUGAUGGGUACCUUAGACUUCCCUGUGGACAGAAGCAAUGUUCUGAGUGUGGCAUGCAUGGUCAUUGCAGGAGGGGAGCUGAAAGUUGGUACUUUAGAAAAUCCCUUAGAAAAGGAACAAAAGCUUCUGAUUCUCCUUAGAGCCUCAGAGGGAGUCUUUUGUGAUCGUUUGAAUGGAAUUCAUAUUGACCCAGGAACAAUUGGGGUUUAUGGGAAAGUUCAGCUUUACAGUGCUUAUUCUAAGAACUCCUGGACACAUCUUGGAGCUGAUAUUGCCUCAGGAAAUGAGAGAAUUAUAGUAGAAGAUGCAGUGGAUUGGCGCCCCCAUGACAAAAUUGUCCUUAGCUCCUCUUCUUAUGAGCCUCAUGAAGCAGAGGUCCUCACUGUGAAGGAAGUCAAGGGCCACCAUGUGAGGAUUCAUGAACGGCUCAAACACCGACACAUUGGAAGUGUCCAUGUCACGGAGGAUGGCCGACACAUUCGUUUGGCUGCUGAGGUUGGACUGUUGACUCGAAAUAUACAAAUUCAGCCUGAUGUAUCAUGUAGGGGGAGACUGUUUGUGGGGCCCUUGAGGAAGUCCAGCCGAGAAGAAUUUUCAGGUGUCCUUCAACUUCUUAAUGUGGAAAUUCAGAACUUUGGGUCACCACUGUACUCAUCUGUUGAAUUCAGUAAUGUGUCGGAAGGAUCCUGGAUCAUAUCAUCUACUCUGCACCAGAGCUGUGGCGGGGGCAUUCAUGCAACUGCCAGUCAUGGAGUACUUUUAAAUGACAAUAUUGUGUUUGGUACAGCUGGCCAUGGCAUAGAUUUAGAGGGUCAGGCCUAUACUGUCACUAAUAACCUUGUGGUUCUGAUGACACAGCCAGCGUGGUCCACCAUUUGGGUGGCAGGAAUCAAAGUGAACCAAGCAAAGGACAUCAACCUCCAUGGCAACGUUGUGGCAGGAUCAGAGAGAAUUGGCUUUCAUAUCCGAGGCCACAAGUGCUCUUGUGGACUGCUUUGGUCUGACAAUGUGGCCCACUCAAGUCUUCAUGGCCUUCACCUCUACAAGGAAAGUGGACUUGACAACUGUACCAGAAUCUCCGGCUUCUUGGCUUUCAAGAACUUUGACUAUGGUGCCAUGUUACACAUAGAGAACAGCGUGGAGAUAGAGAACAUUACUCUGGUAGACAAUACUAUUGGUCUUUUGGCAGUAGUGUAUGUAUUUUCUGCUCCACAAAAUUCCAUCAAAAAAGUGCAAAUUGUGCUUAGGAAUUCAAUCAUUGUGGCCACCAGCUCUUCUUUUGACUGCAUUCAGGACAAAGUGAAGCCUCUGUCAGCCAACUUGACAUCAACAGAUAGAGCUCCUUCCAAUCCAAGAGGGGGUCGAAUUGGUAUUCUGUGGCCUGUAUUCACCUCAGAACCAAAUCAGUGGCCUCAGGAGCCAUGGCACAAAGUGAGGAAUGACCAUUCAAUUUCAGGAAUCAUGAAACUUCAAGAUGUUACCUUUUCUAGUUUUGUGAAGAGUUGCUAUAGCGAUGACCUGGAUGUCUGCAUUCUACCAAAUGCAGAGAACACCGGAAUUAUGCACCCAAUAACAGCAGAGAGGACCAGGAUGCUAAAGAUAAAAGAUAAAAACAAGUUCUACUUUCCCUCAUUACAACCCAGGAAAGAUUUAGGAAAAGUAGUCUGCCCUGAAUUAGACUGUGCAAGUCCAAGGAAAUAUCUCUUCAAGGAUCUGGAUGGGAGAGCCCUGGGUCUGCCUCCACCAGUUUCUAUAUUUCCUAAAACAGAGGCAGAAUGGACUACCUCCUUCUUCAACGCAGGUACAUAUAGAGAAGAACAGAAAUGUACAUACCGAUUUCUGAUGCAAGGAUUCGUCUGCAAACAGACUGACCAAGUGGUCCUAAUUCUUGAUGGCGCUGAUGCCACUUGGGCAAUUCAGAAGUUAUAUCCAGUUGUAUCUGUGACUAGUGGUUUUGUUGACAUCUUUAGUAGUGUAAAUGCCAAUAUUCCCUGCUCUACCUCUGGGUCGGUGUCUACUUUCUAUUCUAUCUUACCCACCAGGCAAAUCACCAAGGUCUGCUUCAUGGAUCAAACUCCUCAAGUUUUGCGUUUUUUUCUAUUGGGGAACAAAAGUACCUCCAAGCUUCUCUUGGCUGUAUUCUACCAUGAGCUCCAGAACCCCCACGUCUUCUUAGGGGAAAGUUUUAUACCACCUACUCUGGUUCAGUCGGCUUCCUUAUUGCUGAAUGAAUCUAUUGGUGCCAACUAUUUCAACAUCAUGGAUAACCUCUUGUAUGUUGUACUACAAGGAGAGGAGCCCAUUGAAAUACGCUCAAGUGUUUCCAUUAACUUGGCCCUCACUGUGAUGGUUUCAGUCUUAGAAAAAGGCUGGGAAAUAGUAAUACUCGAAAGACUAACUAACUUCUUACAGAUUGGCCAAAACCAAAUCAGGUUUCUUCGUGAGAUACCUGGCCAUGAAGAGACCUUAAAGGCCAUUGCUGACAGUAGAGCAAAAAGAAAGCGCAAUUGCCCGACUGUGACUUGCGCUAGUCAUUAUAGAAGAGUCAGUCAACGCAGGCCUCUCAUGAUGGAAAUGAACUCAUAUAGGUCUUCACCCCCAACGACUGUGGAAACGAUGUCAAAAGUGAUUGUCAUUGAAAUUGGUGAUUCGCCAACAGUAAGGAGUACUGGAAUGAUUUCAUCCUUAUCAAGUAACAAAUUACAGAACUUGGCUCAUCAAGUCAUCACUGCUCAACAGACUGGGGUACUAGAGAAUAUUCUGAAUAUGACUAUUGGGGCCUUACUAGUUACUCAGUCAAAGGGAGUCAUUGGCUAUGGAAAUUCAAGCAGUUUUAAAACUGGGAACUUGAUAUAUAUUCGGCCCUAUGUACUUUCCGUCCUAGUCCAGCCUUCAGAUGGAGAAGUGGGAAAUGAGCUUCCAGUGCAGCCACAAUUGGUAUUUUUGGAUGAGCAGAACCGAAGAGUGGAGUCCCUGGGGCCCCCUUCAGAGCCAUGGACAAUUUCAGCUUCCCUGGAAGGAGCAUCAGACUCAGUGCUAAAAGCCAUAGGAGUCAAUUUUACAGCUCGAUCCCAGUCAUUUGCUGUCUUGCCUGUGACUAGGAAGGAGAAGUCGACCAUCAUCCUGGCUGCUUCCCUGUCCUCUGUGGCCUCAUGGCUGGCUCUGAGCUGUCUGGUGUGCUGUUGGCUUAAAAGAAGCAAAAGCAGAAAAACAAAACCUGAAGAGAUUCCCGAAUCCCAGACUAAUAAUGAAAAUAAUCAUAUCCACACCUCAUCCAAAUGCCGAGAAUCACAAGGGCCUAAAAAAGAAGACACUGUGGUGGCAGAAGAUAUGAGAAUGAAGGUCAUGCUGGGCAGGCUGAACCAGUGCCCCCACCAGUUGAUGAAUGGAGUGUCCAGAAGGAAAGUUAGCCGCCACAUUGUCCGAGAGGAAGAGGCUGCUGUGCCUGCUCCUGGUACUACCGGCAUCACAUCCCAUGAGCACACCUGUGCUCCAGGUGCUCCUGCCCAGCAGGUGUACCUGCAAGAGACUGGGAACUGGAAGGAGGGCCAAGAGCAGUUGCUCAGAUACCAGCUGGCAGGCCAAGAUCAGCUGCUGCUGCUUCCAGGCCUCAGACAAGAGAGGCAGCAGUUGCCAGGGCAAAGUUGGCUGAGUAAGCAAAGUGGCAGUUUGGGGCUUUCCCAAGAGAAGAAAGCCUCCUGUGGGGCCACUGAGGCGUUCUGCCUUCAUUCAGUACACCUGGAAGCUAUUCAGGAGCAACUGUGAUCAGGGAACGUGUGGGCAUUUGGUCUGAAAGGCAGAAUCUUCCAAAUACUUCUGGAUAAUAAGCAGGGGAAGUGAGGACUGUCCUGCUGGGACAACUAAGAAGAGAGAAUAUGGACUCUGAAUCCCUGUUUCAACUUUAAAAUGGAAAACAGUAAUAUAAAUGCUUAUAGACUGAAAAA